ACAGUAACUGCUAUAAGAAUCAAUACAUCGCGAUUCCAUUGAUAUCCGUCCUUAACAGUCGCAGCAAUUAUUGAGUUUUUACUUCUGAUGCAAUGAACCAAAACAACGUGUAAUAUCAACAUGAAUGAAAGACCAAAAGUAGCUUUUCUUGGUGCCGGUGGCGUUGGUAAAUCGUCAAUUCUGCAAAGAUUUAUGUUUGGAACUUUUCAGGAGAGUUACAUCGAAACAGUUGAGGAGAUAUAUUCCUAUCAAUUCAAUGAGAGCGGUAAGCGCCUUAAUAUUAAUCUUUUAGACACUGCUGGUAAUAUACAAUUUCCCGCCAUGAGACAAUUGUAUAUUUCAAAAGCACAAGCUUUUGUUCUUGUGUAUUCUAUUAAAGAUGAAGCGUCUUUCAGUGAAGUUAAAACACUUUGGGAACGGAUUAAACAAGUUCGACCAAACAUUCUAGACAUUCCGUGUGUUAUCAUAGGAAAUAAUUUGGAUCAAGAAAACGAUCGACAAGUCGAAACAUUCGAUGCACUGAACUGGGCGUGUAGUGAGAACCUUGGAGGAUGUUUCGUAGAAACAUCAGCAAAAGAGAACAAAGGAAUACAAGAAGCUUUUUCCCUUCUUCUUGAACAAUUUUUGACGCGACGACACGAAGAUAAAGGACCAUUAAAACUGCGUUCGCUAAGUCUUCAUAAACUGCAUUUGGAAAUCGAUGUUCCAGUAUUGUUCCACAAACAUAGUGAUAAGUCAAAAGGAUUACAGAAAGCAACAUUAAGAGGAAAAUCAUGUACAGCUUUACGGCAAAGUGCGUGCAUGGGAAAUAAUCAGAUUAAUAAGACUGAGGUCAUGGACAAGUGUAGUGACAUUGACGGGAAAUUAAAACGUAGUCGCACUGAUGGUGUUCUAGAGAUAUGCAAGUCUCAGGGAAGGCGAAAACUUCAUUUGUUUUAAAAAUCAAUCUGAAAAGUAAUUUUCUGCGACGUAGAAUUUAAUAUGACACAUUCAUGAGAAUGUUACUGUGAAAUUACUUUAACAUUUCGAACAAUAAAUACAUUUGUGGGAAACAAAAUAUUGUAUGGUCAGAACUUAUUGCUAUUGAUAAAUGUGUAUUGCUAAAAUAAGUUAUAUCUGCAACUCGGGGGUUUUAUGCUUAAUAAUUGUUGAUACAUGAAUUAAAUGAUUGUGAUACUUUUCGUAUUGUUUUAUUGAAAUUCUUCUUCAAAGGACGAGAAAUGUUCUAAAAAAAACGGGAGAAUGAUAAACCUGCUUUUCGUGUGAACAAGUUCCUCCAAAACAAAAUUGCUAUAUAUGUAUCCUCUUUACUUUGACAAAUCAAAUUUUACUGAAUCAUCCAGCUUUCUUAUUCCAAGAGUUUCAUAGUAUCACUUUAUA